AUGUCAGGACCAUUGGAUCGAUUUGCAAUGCCAUGCUUUGAGGGGUCAUCUGGCAAUGACGAGAGAAGAGAAAGAAAAUCUGAUUUUGAGAAUUCUGAGGAUGAAAGAAGGACGAGAAUUGGUUCCCUAAAAAAGAAAGCACUGAAUGCUUCUUCAAAGUUCAAGCAUUCUCUCAAAAAGAAGAAGAGCAUUAGAAGAAAGAGCGAUGUUCGUCGCAGCUCUGUUUCAAUUGAGGAUAUCCGGGAUGCUGAGGAGCUGCAAGCUGUUAAGGCAUUUCAUCGAGCCUUGAUGUUGGAUGAGUUGCUGCCUGACAAGUUUGAUGAUUAUCAUAUGAUGUUGAGGUUUUUGAAAGCAAGGAAAUUUGAUAUUGAAAAAACAAAACGGAUGUGGGCUGAUAUGAUCCAAUGGAGGAAAGAUUUUGGUACUGACACAAUUGCAGAGGAUUUUCAAUUCCAAGAGAUGAGUGAAGUUUUGAAGUAUUACCCCCAUGGUUAUCAUGGAGUCGAUAAAGAGGGAAGGCCUGUGUACAUUGAAAGACUAGGGAAAGUUGACCCCAACAAACUUAUGCAAGUUACCACCAUUGACCGUUAUGUUAAAUACCACGUGAAAGAGUUUGAGAGAAGUUUUGUUGUUAAGUUCCCGGCUUGUACUAUAGCUGCCAAAAGGCACAUUGAUUCAAGCACAACAAUUUUAGAUGUUCAUGGUGUGGGCUUGAAAAACUUUACUAAGGGUGCUCGGGAACUCAUUACACAACUACAGAAGAUUGAUAGCGAUAAUUAUCCUGAAACACUUCAUCAAAUGUUUAUCAUCAAUGCUGGUCCAGGCUUUAGGCUACUGUGGAAUACUGUAAAGAGUUUCCUUGAUCCCAGGACCACCACUAAGAUACACGUUCUUGGAAACAAAUACCAGAACAAGUUGCUUGAAAUAAUAGAUGCCAGUGAGUUACCAGAAUUCUUGGGUGGAACGUGUACCUGUGCAGACCAAGGGGGUUGCCUUCGGUCAGAUAAAGGGCCAUGGAAAAAUCCAGAGAUACUAAAGAUGGUGCUCAAUGGUGAAGCACGACGUGCCAGGCAGGUAAGAGGCAGUGACACCUCAACUGCUGAAUCUGGUUCUGAAGCUGAAGAUAUUGCUUCACCAAAAGCUAUUAGGAGUUACUCGCACCUCCGGUUGACUCCUGUUCGUGAGGAGGCUAAAGCUCUUGGAACCUCAAGCUUAGUUUGUAACUUAUCAGGAUAUGAUGAGUAUGUUCCUAUGGUUGACAAGGUUGUUGAUUCUGGAUGGAAGAAGCAGGCACCGCUUCCAAAACCUUCUAUUUCUAAAGAUAUGCUUCUUCCACCCGAUUCUCAAGAAGUGCCAAAAAGACUUCAUGCUCAACUUUUGGCAGUUAUCAUGGCAUUCUUCACGACCCUUUUUGUGUUCUUCCAUUCAAUGUCAUGCCGUGUCACCAAGAAACUUCCGAAUGCAUCAUCACAUCCUGAGGAAAAUAUUCAGAAGUCGGCAUCUAACAUGAUCCCUGAAGAAGAAUUUCGACCCCCUUCACCACCUCCAGAAUUGACCGAGGUGGAACUUCUAUCUUCUGUCUUGAAGAAGCUGGGUGAACUUGAAGAGAAGGUGAAUACUCUUCAAGAAAAGCCAUUGGAAAUGCCCCAUGAAAAAGAAGAACUGCUGAAUGCUGCUGUUUACCGAGUUGAUGCCCUUGAAGCAGACUUAAUUGCAACCAAAAAGGUUCUCCCACUAUAUGCAAAGGGCUGCACCUAA